UCAGUGUGUGGGCUGAGCUUCGAGGGGGUGAGCAUAGAUGGAGGACCACGUGAUGGGGCACAACAGGAGAAGCAUUAUGAGUGUGACGUGUGUGGCAAGUCCUGGCAGAAGCCGAGCCUGCUGGAGAUCCACCGGCGGGUACACACUGGAGAACGCCCCUUCGACUGCGUGGAGUGUGGGAAGAGUUUCACCCGCUCCAGCAACCUGCUGCAGCACAACCGCCUGCACUCUGGCGAGAGGCCCUUCACCUGCUCCGACUGUGGCAAGAGUUUCAAGACGGAGAAUCACCUGAAGCAGCACAGGCGCAUGCACACUGGGGAGCGGCCCUACACUUGCAAUGACUGCGGCAAGGGCUUCACCCAGUUCAGAAACCUGCGGGUGCAUCAACGCACCCACACCGGCGAGCAUCCCUACACCUGCACCCACUGUGGUAAGGGCUUCACCCACUCCACCAGCCUGCUGACCCACCAGCGCAUCCACACCGGGGAGCUGCCCUACACCUGCAGCGACUGCGGCAAGGGCUACACCCGCUCCGACAGCCUGCAGUACUACCAGCGCACCCACACCGGCGAGCGUCCCUACACAUGCACCCAGUGCGGCAAGUGCUUCACUAUGUCUAGUCACCUGCUGAUGCACCAGCGCACCCACACCGGCGAGCGCCCCUAUACCUGCGGCCAGAGCGGCAAAGGCUUCACCCGUUCCUCGCAUCUGCUGAACCACCAGCACACCCACACCGGUGAGCGCCCCUACAUAUGCGCCCAGUGCGGCAAGGGCUUCACCCAGUCCUGUCACCUGCUGGUGCACCAGCGCACCCACAUUGGCGAGUGCCCUUUCACCUGCGCCCAGUGUGGCAAGGGCUUCACCCAAUCCUAUCAGCUGCUGAUGCACCAGCGCAUCCAUGCCGGCGAGCGCCCCUACACCUGCGCCCAGUGUGGCAAGAGCUUCAUCUGCUCCACCCAGCUGCUGUCCCACCAGCGGGUGCACGCCGGCAACCGCCCUGUCCCCAACCUGGUGUGUGGAGAACGCUUUGCCGUGGCCUCCAAAGCGCUGUCAAAUCACCGCGUGCACACCAGUGGCCCGCCCUAUGACUGCCCGUACUGUGGUGAGGCGUUUGAGAGCUCGCGGGGGUUGCGGCAGCACCGGCGGACGCACGCCGGCGAGGAGCUGCUCCCACUGUGA